GUUCCUCAAGGCGUCCGGACCAAUCGCUUCCAGUGCGCUGACAGCGAGGUUCAAGCGCCAGAUCAAGACGCCGGAGCACAAGACCGACUUCACCAAGCUGGUCAAAAAGGUUGCAAAGCUGGAGGAGGUCCCGCUCGGCUCAGGCAACCGCUGCAUUGUGCUCAAGAAGUGACUGGCGUCAAGGCCCUGCCACAAGGUCUGGCCUGUUGUGUGUCUCAUGUUGGGACCUCUUGGACUUUGAGCGUGCACGUGCUCCAGACUGGACUUUCAAAGAAAGUUCUGGAUUGCCAGUGGCGACCUGCCUGAGUCAAUCUGGCAGUCCUCUUGCGCCAAAUGCCCCCCCAUGGCUGCACUGUCCCCAUCAUGGGGGGCCCAGCAUGAUGCGGACACCAGACUUCCAAUCAGCAGUCUCCUGGAUUUAUGGAAGGGGAUGAUAGGGGCCUCUUGUUGGGAGGCGUUCCGUCCCAUGAGCAUCCCAGACAUUCAAUGGAACGUAUGACAGGACGUGUGAUGGGAUGCUGAAGGGAUGUGCUGAGAGGGGGUUGGGGAUGUCGCAUGGGAUGGAACGCCCGUCGCCGAGGUGCUAGUGGCUUAAUUAAAUCCCUGACCCUGCUCGGGAACCCUCACGAAGACUCACUCAGAAUGAUGAAUGCGUCGGACAAUGCCCAAGUUUCAAACCUACACAUAAGGUGUGUUUAAUUUAACGUCUCUGCGAACAUUUAGAUUUCUAACUUGACAAAGUUGGGGGGAGCCGCUCUAUGAUGUCGUAACCGCAAACUCAUCGGCUGAACAAGCUGCCUCCGAUGGUUGGAUGCACAAUACUAAGAUCGCAUCUGUGUCGCAAAUAAGUAAUGGCAAAGGUUGAUCUGAAGGUUGUCCUACUGGGACAGCAGAGUGUAGGAAAGUCUUGCCUCGUUGACAGAUACAUCAAUAGCAUCUUUGAGAAUACUCCUAAAAAUACUAUUGGGGCCGCUUUUGCUGCCAAAAAGAUCAAGGUGCACAGCGGGCGAGUUGUGUCUCUGGGAAUAUGGGACACAGCUGGAGCAGAGCGAUUUGAGAGCCUCAGUCGAAUGUACUACAACGGGGCCAAGGCAGCAAUCCUCUGCUUUGAUCCCUGUGAUCGCAAGAGCUUUGACAAGCUCAAAUUCUGGGUCGAGGAAGUGAGGGAAACGCAGCCAGACUGCAGGAUAUACAUUGCCCUCACAAAAUGUGAUCAGCUGGAGGAGCUGCCAGCUGUUGGAACAGCGCAACCGGACCCAGAUGCCGAAGCUGAUGACUCUAUCAAUGGAGGAGACAGUUCCACAAUGUCAAGGCAGUUUUCUGCAGCCUCUCUGACGUCCACAUCUGGCCGGCGCGAGGUCAGCGAUGAGGAUGUGGCAGAGUAUGCAAAGCAGCUGCUUGUGCCCCGCUAUGGCGCUCCUCGGGUCUUUGUCACCUCGGCCAAGCAGGGUAUUGGGGUGCAUGCUCUCUUCCAGACAGUAGCAGAGGACAUGGCAGGCUUGUCGCCGGAGCAGAGACAGUGGCCGCAAGACCAGCGGCCGUCCUCGCCAACCAUCAGGGCUCAGGAAUUUAGAUACCCUAGCAGACGGCCCUCCUCACCGCAGUCAGCCACACCAGCAGUCCCCGCGUUUGAGAAGGAAAUGCCGCGGCGCUCCUGCUGCUAGCCAAGUUGGCCUCUGUUAUAAUCCCUGCAUUGCUGUUGAUGGGAGUGUUACAGCCUCUCGCAGAAUGUUGUUCUAACCAGGGGAAGUGAAUUCUUUUUGAACCUCGGAAAGCUGGUGCCAUGACCUGACUUAGGUGGGGAAUGUAUGCACGGCAAAUACCAAAGACAUACGGUGUUUGCUCAGCCUCUUGCAAAGUUCUUGCUUUGGAACGCUGUCAGAAUGUAGACGCCUGAUACAACCAAGUACUAAAGUCCAAGUCUUUUGUGC